AUGGAAAAAAUAAAUGAAUUAAUAGAAUUGGUUGGUGAUGACAAAAAAUACAUUGAUAUUUUGAUUAAAACAGAUCAAAUGGAAUUGCUAACUCACGAAGGAUUAAAUAGAGAUAAUAUUUUUGAUAUAAUUAAUCAAAUAAAAGAAUUUGAAAUCAUAUAUCCAGAUGGAUUAAUGAAAUAUUUGGAGAGAGCAAAAACACUUUUAAAAAAAUCAAAAAAUAAAAUUAAUAAGUAUGCAAAUUAUAUAAUAGAACAACCUGAUAAUUUAAUUAAAAUAAAAUUUCAUUGGAGAGAUAUAUCAUUUAAAACUAAUGAUUGUAACAAAGCAGUGGAAAAAUUACCAUUAGAGAAUACAUAUAUGGACAAUGGGACAUUUUUAAAUAGUUGUUCCAAUCAUGUUAAUGAAGAAAACUUUUAUCAUGAUACUACGUUUGAAGGAAAUUCCAACUGUAUAUCUGAAGAAGGGAAUACACCAAUAACUAUUUCAUCUAAUGAAGAAUUAAUUAAUAUAAAUUAUUAUAAAAAAAAUUCUGCUAUUAUUAAUGAAUUAAAAGAAUUAAAUAGACAAAAGAAUACAAAAAAUUUAGAGAUGGGAAUGAAAUUAGCAGAGAGAAUAGUAUCAAAAGAAAAUGAAAAGAAUAGUGUAUCGAACAGUUCAAUUAUUGAAUUGUUCAUACAUUACGAAGAAAUAGGAUUAAAAGAAAUUGAUAAAGUAUGUUUUAUUUUAUUAGCAGGAGGAUUAGGAGAAAGAUUAAAUUACAAUGAUAUAAAAUUAAAAUUGAAAACUGACUUAAUAUCUGAAAAAACAUAUUUAGAAUAUUAUUGUAAUUAUUUAAAAACUUUUCAAGACUAUAUAAAAAAAAAUAAAAAUAGAGAAGUAGAUAUUCCAUUAAUUAUAAUGUUGUCUGAUGACACAUAUGAAAAGACAAUUAAUUUUUUUAAUAAAAAUAAUUUCUUUUGUUUAAAAAAAAGUCAAAUAUACUUUUUAAAGCAGAAAAAAGUUUUUUGUUUAAAAGAUAAUGAAGCUCAUUUAGACUUUUCAUAUGAAAAUAAUACAUUUAAAUUUUCUAAAAAACCACAUGGCCAUGGGGAUAUUCAUUCUUUGAUUAAGCAAUAUAAUAUUUUAGAUGAUUUAAUAGAAAAAGGAUAUAAGUAUUUAUAUUUUUUUCAAGAUACUAAUGCUUUAGCAAUAAAAGUAUUAUUUGUUUGCCUUGGGGUUUCUAUAGAAAAACAGCUGCAUAUGAAUUUUUUGGCAAUUUCAAGAAAACCAGGAGAAGAGAUAGGAACUAUUUGUAAACUAAUCAGUGGAAAAAAAUCCAUGAGUAUAAACUUAGAAUAUAAUAUGUUGGAAUCUAUAUUAGCAUAUACAGGAGAAAAAGAAGUUGUUGAUGAAAAUGGAUGUUCAAUAUAUCCAGGUAACACAUGUGCUAUAUUGUUUGAAAUAAAAAAUUACAAUGAAAUAUUAAAUUCUACUAAUGGAAUAGUACCAGAAUUUAUCAAUCCUAAAUACACCGAUAAUACUAGAGAGCAUUUUAAAAGUCCAACAAGAGUAGAAAGUAUGAUGCAGGAUUUUGCUUUAUAUUUUAAUGGAGAAAAUCAUAAAGUUGGAGUUACUGAAUUAAAUAGAUUCUUAUGCUUCUCAGCUGUAAAAAAUAAUUUUCUUAAUGCGCAAAGGAAAAUUGAAAAUAAUAUACAUCCUGAAUGUAUGUUUAGCGGGGAAUCAGAUUUAUAUUAUUGUAAUUGUGCAUUUAUCGAAUUAGCGUGCAUAUAUAAUAAUAAGAAAAUAACUUUGAAUAAUAUGCCAAUAAAAACUUUUAAUGGGAUUCAAUAUUUUAUUCCACCUAAAGUUUUAAUUGAACCUCAGUUUGCUUUUACAUUAAGUGAUUUAUUAAAAAAAAUAAAGGGGAAUAUAACCCUAAGUAAUAACUCGACUCUCUGGAUAAAAUCAGACGCAAUUAUUAAUAAUCUGAAUUUGGAUGGUGCAUUGAUCAUUGAUAAAAAUAAUAAUGAAGAUAAUGAUGAUCCAGUUGUAUUAGAUGAAAAUGUUUCCAUUAAAAAUAAAGGAUAUGAAAUUGUUAACCUUGAUGAUAAAUUGGAAAAUGUUUCAAAUCAUUUAAAAAUAAGAGGUUAUAAAUUAAUAAAAAAGGAAGCAUUUGUAAUUAGUAAUUAA